AUGGCGCUCGUCAACGUUCGUCGUGAUGUCACCGAUGCCUUCUAUCGCUACAAGAUGGAAAAGCUCCAGACUAAAAUUGAAGGCAAAGGCAAUGGUAUCAAGACUGUCGUCGUCAACCUGAGCAGCGUUGCUGCAUCUCUUGCCCGUCCAGGGUCCUACGUCAUCAAGUACUUCGGUUUCGAGCUUGGCGCUCAGACCAAUAUUGACCCUCCUGAUGAUCGUUGGAUUAUCAACGGUGCUCACGAUGCCGCUAAGUUGCAAGACCACCUUGAUGGUUUCAUCAACAAGUUCGUUCUCUGCAAGAAGUGCAAGAACCCUGAGACCGAUGUCGUUAUCAAGGAUGGCCACAUUGUCCUUGACUGCAAGGCUUGUGGUCAGCGCACUGACGUCGAUCUCCGCCUGAAACUGAGCGGUUUCAUUCUGAAGAACCAGCCUAAGAAAGGCGGCAAGAAAGACAAAGCUGAACGCAAGGCCGCUCGCAAGGCCAAGCAGCAGGCUCUUCAGAAUGGCAACAAAGAGAACGGCCAAGGAAGCGAUGGCAAGAAUUCUGAGAACAGCUCUAACGAGACCAAUGACAAGAAUGAUGAGGAUGACGAUGCUGGUAGCGACGACGAGUUUACUCGCAAGAUCAACGCCGACGCCCAAGUCAUCGACGCCCCCACUGAGGUUAAAGACGAUGAUUGGGCUGUCGAUAUGUCCGAGAAGGCUGUCAAGGCCCGUCAGAGCCAGCUACCCAGCGAGUUCCGUCAGAAGCUUGUUCUUGGCGGUGCUGAUGACGAGGACGAGGAUGGAGAGGGCGGUGGCCACACUGUCUACGACACCCUGGGCGACUGGAUUCAGGAAGAGGCUACUAAAACCGGUAGCAUUAACAAGGUUGAUGACAUCUCUAUCUAUGUCAAAGCUAAAGAACUUGGAAUCGAGACCAAGCACAAGACCGUCUUGGUUCUAGUCCAGACUCUAUUCGAUGAGAACAUCAUCACUCAGAUCCCUAAGCGUGCCGCGAUGCUCAAGCAGGUCAUUACUACUGAACGCCACGAGAAGGCCCUCCUGGGUGGUAUUGAGCGUCUCCUCUCUUCCCAAGGCAAAGAUCAUCCUGAGUUGAUGACUAGCGACAAGAUUGUGAAGGUCCUUCAUCAGCUCUACGACAAGGAUCUUGUCAGCGAGGAGGUGAUCCAGAAGUGGGGAACCAAGGCUAGCAAAAAGUAUGUCGAUCUCUCGACUUCGAAGAAGAUUCGCCGUGCCGCGGAGCCCUUCCUCAAGUGGCUUGAGGAGGCCGAGGAGGAUUCAGAUGAGGAGUAG